UAAUUCUCCCUUGUGCUCUGUUUUUUUUUCUUCAGUAAUAACAUGUUCUUCAAGCUUGACUUUUCUUAGUUAUGGUCUCCUUUUUUUCUUAUCUAUCUAUCUGCCCCCUGCUGUAUUAAACACCCUCUCGAGGAUCUCGUGAACACAAGAAAAAGAACAGAAAAAAAUGCGUACCCUUUUUUUAUCAUCUUCGUUUUUGUUGUUUUCAAUCAUUUUUCAUCCAUUUUCUGUUCACCAUGUGGCUAGUGAUCACGAUCCAGUGAUCAGGGGAAACAGGGAAACGUUGGAAAUAGCCAACGGCGGCGGUGGGAAAGUUCUUUCCCCUGAAACUUACAAUGACAACUGUCCUCCCCCACCUCCUAAACCUGAAUGUCCACUUCCACCCCCGCCUCCACCUCCUCCCCCUCCUGUACCAAAAUGUACACUUCCCCCACCUCCACCUCCACCUCCGCCUCCGCCUCCGCCUCCGCCUCCGCCUCCUGUACCAAAAUGUACAUUUCCCCCACCUCCACCUCCUCCUCCGCCACCACCUCCACCUCCUCCUCCGCCUCCUUGUAAGUUCAAGACAAAAAGCGGCUGCUUCAGAAACCAGCGGCUAGCAAAAACCCACGACGUGAUCCAAACAUUCAAGAGCAAAAUCCUAGUCGACGACAACAGCAAAAAAUACACAGAGACAUGGCGAGGCACCGAGAUUUGCAACUACAAAGGCUUCACGUGCGAUAUCCGUCCCGACGUGAACGAAACAGCCGUUGCUUCCGUCGAUUUCAACGGCGCUAAAUUUGCGGGGCCGAACGGUUAUCUUCCCCUUGAUGGCUUCAUCGACAAGUUAGACGACUUAGCUAUUUUCCAUGCCAAUUCAAACAACUUCACCGGCACCAUCCCAUACGAGGUCUCCAAAAUCAAAUACUUAUACGAGCUCGAUUUAAGCAACAAUCAGUUGUCCGGUGAUUUCCCGAUGAACGUCCUUAAAGCCACCAACUUAACCUUUUUGGACUUACGGUUCAACUCCAUUAAAGGUCUGGUUCCACAACAAGUUUUCAACUUAGACCUUGAUGUUCUCUUCAUCAACAACAAUAAUUUCGAACAAAGACUCCCCGAGAAUCUCGGUGACACACCGGUUUUAUACCUCACUUUUGCAAACAACAAGUUCACCGGUCCGAUUCCGACAAGCAUCGGCAAAGCACCCAACUUGCUCGAAGUGCUUUUUCUUAACAACAAACUUACUGGGUGUUUACCAUAUGAGAUCGGCAACUUGAGUCAAGCCACCGUGUUCGACGUCGGGUCGAAUAAGUUAACUGGUCCCAUACCAUACUCGUUUGGGUGUUUAAAAAAGAUUGAGCUUCUCAACUUGGCCUGCAAUGAAUUCUACGGCGAAGUACCGGAAAUCGUUUGUCAACUCAAAAAUCUACAAAAUUUGUCAUUGUCAUACAACUAUUUCACUCAGGUUGGCCCAGCUUGUAGAGACUUGAUAAUGAAGAAGAAACUUGAUGUGAAAAACAACUGCAUUUUGGACUUGCCGUUUCAAAGAUCAGAAGCCGAAUGCACUGCAUUUUUCUCGAGAAAUUUGUAUUGCGAUAGGAAAGAUUCGUUUAAAUGGGUUCCUUGCAUGAAAGGUGGGUAUAAUAAAUACAAGCAUUCAAGCCCAGAAUCAACAACGAGUUCUUCUUCACCAUCUGUGAGAACUUACAGCACCCUUAUCCCGCACCGCUUGUGACUUCCAUGCUUUUAGAUAUUAUAUACAACAUCAAGCAACAACAUUGAUUUCGGAAUGUAAUCUAUAAUCCUAUGUUGUAUUUCUCUUGCAGUAUGCAUUAAUUAAAACUUACGGUGAUUAAAUUAA